UGGCCCCACAGGAAGCUGAAACUCAUGGCGGAAAGGACAAAAUACGUCUUUGUUUAGGUUGAAAGAAAGCAUUUAAGCACUUGUUUCUGUUUAUUAUUGUUGAACGAUUCAUUUGAAAAUAUGCAGAAAUACGUAUUUCUUUAAGAUGGAUAGAAAUGAAACAGACAUGUUAAUAAAUAAUGGUGUAGGUUAUCGAUCACCAGAGAGCUCACAGACAACAGAAGACAUCACGACACCAGAUGGUGCUAUAACAAUCCCAGUAAAGAAGCAAAAGAAAGGGUCAAGAUGGCGGUGUUCAGGAGUCAUUACAAAACUUGGAGAAAAGAUUGUCUCGUACACUACAGAAGAUGGCAUUAAAUAUCGCAAAGGAGAUUGUGUUUAUCUUGAGAAUUCAAAUAUUGACCAACCGUUUUAUGUCUGUGGUAUUAAAGAAUUUAGAUUGACCAAGAAAGACACAUUAGUAGCCACUGUCAAAUGGUACUUCAGAUCUUCAGAGGUUCCACAUAAUGUGUACCAACAUCUGGUCCAUGACAGACACAGUGAAAAUAGUGGUCGAAGUCUUGUUAUACAAGAUCCUGUGAUUAGAUCUCGAGAGCUCUUCAUCUCCAAUUCCACAGAUACUUAUCCAGUUAAAGCAUUAAAAGGAAAGUGUAGAGUACAGCACUUCCCAGAUAUAUACUCAGUGAAGGAUUUUAGAGUAGACAAGGACAAUUACUUCUAUGUGUUAGAAUAUAAUCCUAAGACGAAAAGACUGGCCACCACGCAGGGGGAAAUCAGAGUCGGGUCGAGCCAUCAGGCUCGUUUACCCGUCUGUCAGCAGAAUGUGCCACCAUCACAGAUGCCGGAAAAAAUGGAGACAUGGGAGGUCCCAAAAUGGAGGCCUAUGCUUGUUGUGGAUGGGGACUUGAUGAUGUAUCUUAGAGCUGCAAGAAGUGUGGCAGCAUUUACAGGGAUGUGUGAUGGAGGCUCAACAGAUGAUGGUUGCCAGGCAGCCUCUAUGGACGAGACCACCAUUAAUGCUAUGGACACAUUACAUAAUCACAGCUAUGACACAGGAAAAGCUCUGCAAGCUCUGGUCAAGUCUCCAGCCCUUCGUAGCAUUGAAAAGAAGUGGACAGAUGAAGACUCGAAACGAUUUGUGAAAGGUCUUCGACAAUAUGGUAAAAACUUCUUCAAGAUUAGAAAAGAGCUACUGCCACAUAAAGAAACGGGUGAACUAGUUGAGUAUUAUUAUUUCUGGAAAAAGACCCCAAGUGCUGCCACAAACAGACCUGUGAGACGACAUAAGAGACCAGCUUUUAAAAGAAACACACGAUCACAAAGACCAGCAUCUAGUGAAUUCUUGGACGCUAGUUCUGCCAGUGAAUGUUCUGAUCAGGACUCUGACGACAGUGGAGGCAGCCGAGAAUCUGGAUACUCAUGUCGUCAUUGUUUAACAACAGUUUCCAAAGACUGGCACCAUGCCGGAAAAGAUAAAGGCUUACGAUGUACAGAUUGUCGUCUACAUUUCAAACGAUAUGGGGAAGAGCGCCCCCUAGACAGUCCAAAAGAAAAUCCUUCCUUUUUGUUCAAGCCAGUCAAAGAAGAAGAUUCUUUGAGUGGCAAGCAAGACAUGCGAACACGACAAACGCGUGAUUCUGCAAAGAAGAAAAAGAAAGAUAGAAAUAAUAGUAAUAGUAGUCCAGAUAUUGUAGAUAACUCUGUGUUUCAAAAAAAUUCUGAACCUAAAUCGCCAAGUGAAAAUAGUACAACUAGCAACAGUAGUACCGACUCUAAAUUAAAUAAGAAGGAUACAGAUAGUCCUGUUAAAGGAAGGAAGAGGCAGCUGAACUCAGAUACGGAGGAUAAAAUAUCUAAAAAGAAGAAAAAACAAGUGGAACAAUCAGAUUCAGAAUCAGACAGUAGUAGUUUAUCAGGAAAUGAUGAGGAAAAUGGCAAUGACGGAGAUAUAGAAAAUAAUCAGGAUGAUCUUAGUUCUUCGUCUCCUCCCAGCACUCCUCAUUCUGUAGACACUGACGUCAGUAAACCGUUACCACCUGUUUCUGAUGUAGAUGUGAAGCCGGAAACCCCAGCUAAAUCACCUACACCUCCUAAAUCUCAUUUCUUAUCACCACCUUUGAGAGUUACCUCCCCUCUUCAACCUAUUCAUUCCAGCACACCUCCCGUAAUUCAGCACCUUCCACCUCACUGUCCACCACCAUCUUUAAUUCCAUCCUCAACAUCACAGACUAUAAAAAAUUUGGAAAAUAUAACCAAUAAUUCACCAAUACCACCUCCAAUAUCGCAGGUACCCCCACCACUUGUUCCAACAUCAUUGGCAGCUUCAGUCAACAAACAAACAGACCAGAGGGCACCAGAUCAAUUUGCAAGACGACCGAUUACAUCAUUACCUCAAGAACAAUCAGCUUUUACAGACAAAAACUUGCCAAUUUCUAAAGCUACAUCAAGAUUGCCAGAAAUUCCACCAUUGUCUUCAUUACAGUCGUUAACCAGUGGCCAUAACUCUGUACCACUGGCUUCAACCAGCGAUCAAUUAAAAAUCCAAAAACUACAAGAAAGAUCUGUGUCACCAUAUCAACAAAAGUCAUCACCAAGACCAUAUUCACCGAAUAUUUACAAAAACUUUCCUCUGAGGAAUACUGAGCAAUCGCAUCCAUCACUUCCUAAACCUAUUGUGCAAAGGACUUCCGAAAGACCAUAUUCACCAAAUCAACAGAAACUGCCAUCAAAACAUUCAGAAGGACCAUUUUCACCAUUUCAUGAUAAAAUAUCAUCAACUGUGUCACCUUCAUCAUCUAAACUGUUGGCAGAUCAAGUGUUGCCAUCAUCUAAGUCUGAUCAAGUUCCACCACCGUUACGACCUGUGAACUCUAGUACUGACCAAUCGUCAGACGUUCAGAGAACAAGCAGGCCAUUAUCACUGCCUUUAGUGCCACAACAUCAGAUGCCGUUAUCUGUAGAUCUCAUUCAAAACAUUAAACAAGAACCACAUUCCCCUCCUGUUUCACCAAAACAGGAAGUGAAAAAGGAAAUAAAGGAUUCUGGGCAUUGUGUGCCCCAUCCAGUGCUGAUGGAUAGUGCUAAAGACUUUAUAAAAACUGAACCAGAUCUGGUCAAACCUGUAGAAACUCCUACAAAUGUUUGCGAUGAAAUUAAACCAUGUGAUCCACAAAUAGUAGUUAAAACAGAAAGGGUUGAAAGUGAGCAAGGGAAAGUAGAACAAUCGGAACCAGUAGUUGAAGUGAUGGAAGAAGAAACAGAUUCUGACAGGGAAGGAACAUUAACUCCUGGACCUGAACCAACAAAAUGUAAUGAAGAGGUCCAUAAAAGUAAAGCUGCAAUAUUGUUACGAAUACUUGCCAGGGGAGAUAAUAACUCCUGUUCACGCUGUGAUUUCAUAUUUAAAGCGCCUGUCGAUUCUAAGUUGGCACAGAAACGUCAGGCUCCGUCGACUCCAGCACCCCCUGUCCAAACACCAAUCAAGGUCGAGGAAAAGGUAUUUUUAGCUAAGAAGCCUGACACACCGCCUCCUAAUGCUACAGCAGACGCACAGAUUAUUAGUAAUGUUCCUUCAUCUCAUUAUGAACGGCCAAGAUCAUACCAUGACACACCAGCAUUACGACAACUGGGCGAAUAUGCCAAGCCUCACACCAUGGGAGAUCCCUCUAGACCACAUCCGUAUGGACAUAUGCCACCAAAUAUGGACCCAUUAUUAGCCUAUAGGAUGUAUCCUCCAGGCUCCAGGGAAAGGCUAGAGUUAGAGUUGGAAAGAGACAAGCGUGAAAGAGAUGCCAGAGAACGGGAAAUUAGAGAAAGAGAAAUCAGAGAAAUGGAGAUGAGGGAGAAGUUAAAAGAAAUAGAAAUGAAACCUCCAGGUUUAGAAAGGUUGCUUCCACCCGGUGCUAACCCCAUGGAUCCACAUUGGUUAGAAAUUCAGAGACGAUUCGGUGGUUAUCCUCCAUCAGGACAGUUGAUGCCACCAGGCAACCCUGGUGGCCAUCACCUCCCUGGAGUGUAUCCUCCCACCAGUCUGGCUAGUGAUCUGAUGCAGAGAGAAAGAGAAAGGCUGGAGAGAUUAGGGUUACCCCCACUCCAAACAGCAGAGAUGGCGUAUGCAAAUACCUUAGAAAGAUUAUCCAUGGAAAGAAUGCAAGCAGAGAGGCUUGCCAUGGUCGAUCCCAUGGCUCAGUAUGGGAUGGCUCAAAGACUGGCAGGACACACCCACAAUCAUGCACACAACCACACCCACCUUCAUCUACAUGGGCAAGAUCAUGCACAACAGCCGCCACUCCACCCGCUGUUUCCCCAUCAGCAUCAUCUGAUGCCCCUCCCCCCAGGAGCUGACCCACUAGGUGGUGGCCUACCGGGAUCCAGUACACCUGUGUCUCUUCCCUCCCCUCUUGUACAUGGUCUUCCUCCACAUGCUGGACUCCUUUCAAACAGGGAACAAGAAAUGUUACAAAGUGAUCUCUACAGAAGGGCUUAUGACCCUGCAUUUGCUCAUCAGUUAUCGGCACAAGCUGCACAGCAUGAGGCCAUUCAAAGACAGAUUGCAUUAGAAAGAGAGAGAUAUGGUCCCCUGCCACCACAUUGACAAAAAAGAUAGUGACUUUUAAACUGUGGAUGGGACCAGUUUGCCUCAAAAAUAUUAAUGUUUGUUCUUAGUAUGAUUUACUGGAUUUGAGGGAAUUACUGAACAAAAUGGAUGUUAAUAAAAAUAAUGUUUUUCUCUCAAAAUGAAGGAGGCAAGUUUCAUCUUUAUUAGGCAAAACAGAAAUAAAUACAAAUAGUUUUUAUUGCAUUGAUGAAUGAUGAAACUUUGCAAAGGAUGUUUAAGAUAGAAUAAUGAUUCGUUGAUGAAGAAUGACAUUUUCCAAAUUUUUGGAACAAAGUGAAAGAUAUAGCUAAUAUUGAUUCACUUUGAUAAUGGAAGGAAACGGUUGAAAAGUUUAUUAAAUGGAAUAUAUCUAAAUGCAGUGAUAUACUUUGUGUUGUAAUUUUUAUAACAAGGCAUUAUUUAAAUAUGACAAGGUGCAAUUAAAUGGCAUGUGCAAACUAAGUGGUGUCAGUCCUCCACAAGGAUGUGUUCCAUGAUCAAUAACAAACUGUCAUCUAUCGUUGAGGAAUGAUCCAAAAUAAACUGUGAGAUUCAAAUGCAUUUAAUGGCAAAACAUUUAUUUAUCAAAGUCACAUGACAUGUGUACAUAAUUGAAGAAUUCCAUUCGCAUUGACAGUAUUAGUUUAUUUAUAGACUAAGUGUUUUUAUGUUGUAUAUUUCUUUUCAUUAGACGUAAGAUUAUUUCAGUGAUGAAUGAAAUCCAUUUGCAAUGUUAUUUUCCAUGUAAUAUAUAUAAUUGUUGAUUGUAAUUCAUACAAAUUUAUUCUUUAAACAAGAUGACCCUUUCCCAUAGAACACCAUCUUGAAUGAGACCAGUGUAUUUCCAGUUUGCACUGGUACUGAAAAAAAUAAAAUAUCAAGAUUGUGUUAUUGCUUCUUUUAAUCACAAAAUCUAUUUAAAAAUAAUUUUGAGGCACAUUUUUGGUUGGUAUAAUAUGUGUAUCUCUUUAAAUUAUUUUUAUGCAAAUUUCUUAUGAAGAUAUUCUCAACUUUAAGAUCUAAAAUUAGCUCUCUUGGUAUAUAAUUUUCUGAAAAGGUAAGAGUAAAAUCUUAAAGAAGUGGAUUUUAAAAAUUAGUGCCAGAUGUUGCACUACAAAUUAUGGUUUAUUUUCAUUUUAUUACGUAUCCACAGUGAGCAGUGCACGACUUCAGAAAAAGUUGUUUUCUGAACAAUUUUAAUUUUUUUUAGCCUUGAUUAAUUCAUCACUUCAAUCUAGGAUCUUUUAUCAGACUUGGUUGUACCUCAUGUUUCAAUUUGAUUAGUCAAAUAAGAAAAUCAACCAUUUAUCUCUUCAAAAUGGUGGCCAAGGGGAAUAACUCAUACUCAAAUUACACCGUAUCAAAACCUAUCUACAUAUGUAAUGGGUGGACAAUCAAGAAAUUUGUUCACCUUGUGACCACAUUUACUGUGGAUAGGUGAAAAAAAACUAAAUCAACCAGAGCUGUUUUAUACAAGUAAAUAGUUUUCUGCAAAAAGGCCUAUUAAAAGAUAUAAUUUUAACAUCUUUAGCUAAAGAAUAUUUCCUAUGACACACUUUGGAAACUCAACUUGAUAGGAUAAUAAAAUUGUUUAAUUCUGAUGGGUUUAUGGACCAAAUCAUUGAAUAAUUAAGGAUGAACAAUCCCUCUCCCUCCAAAAAAAGUGACUAGGGCAUCUUUUAAAGUAAGAGGUUGUAUAGGUAUAAUUACAGUAUUCAAAUAAUAUACAGAAUUCUAACAAUUGACUGGAUUCUGCAGUUUUUGCUGCAACAAUUAAAUCAGUUUGCGGUAAGUGUAUGCAUAAAAAUAAUAAUGUGUUGAUGAAAAAUUUAA